AUGUUUGGGAACGCGCAUCAAAAUUACGGAAAUGGAAAUAUGAACCAGUUCUCCUCGUCCGUUCCGCGUAACGAUGCAUUUUCUUCAUCUAAUCGUUACAGUACUGCAUCAAACGGGUCUUAUAACUCCAUGAACGUAACCAGACCGCCAGCUGCCGCUUUUAGUGCAACCUACAUGCGUGAACAGAGUUCUCAUCCUUCGUUGCAAGAGCAUUUGCAACGCGAACAAAAAGGGGCCGUCUUCACGGAUGUCCCUCAACUCAAUUAUCCUACGACUCCAACAAGCCACACGGGAUUCUCCACUGGACUUCAGAAUCCACAGGGUUUAAGUACGCCUCCUGUUGCGAGCUUUGGUGCCCCAUCAAGCCUCUACAGCCACGGGAACAAUUCUCAAAGUAAUCUACGUGGCAACCCUCUCGCAAAUCCUCACCUUUCUCCAGGGCAGUAUUCGGUGUGCUCUGACUAUGGAGCUGAUCAGAGCUAUACAGAGAGUCCUCAGCACUCUCAAUAUCUCAACUCCGCCCAACAUCAGAGCCCUGUUCGCCGUUUAAGGGGAGGCUAUGGCGUUACGACUACCAGCUCUAACAAUGCCCCGACUGCAUUGAUGCACACGCAGUCAAUCGAUUCGCAGCAGCGCCAAGCCGUACCUACUUCUAACUACAUGUAUUUCGAGAGGCGGCCCGAAUUACUAUCUAAAUCCACCCAAGAUAGAGCUGCAGCUGUCAAAUUGAAAAUCGAAAACUUUUACCAAUCCUCUGUGAAUUAUGCCAUUGAGCGUAAUCAAAGGAGAGUUGAGCUCGAAUCUCAGUUGGUUUCUCAGGACUGGUCAGAUGAGAGGAAAAAUAGACAACUAUCGUCGUUAGGGAAGAAAGAGUCUUCGUUUUUGAGACUUCGUCGGACGAGGUUAUCUCUCGAUGAUUUUCAAACUGUAAAAGUUAUAGGUAAGGGAGCUUUUGGCGAGGUGAGGUUAGUACAAAAGAAAGACACUGGUAAAAUAUAUGCCAUGAAAACACUUUUAAAGUCCGAGAUGUAUAAAAAGGAUCAACUAGCACACGUGAAGGCUGAAAGGGACGUUUUGGUUGGAAGUGACUCUCCUUGGGUAGUAUCAUUAUACUAUUCGUUUCAAGAUGCCCAAUACCUGUACUUGAUUAUGGAGUUUCUCCCCGGGGGUGAUCUUAUGACCAUGUUGAUAAGAUGGCAAAUAUUUACCGAGGACGUUACGAGGUUUUAUAUGGCCGAAUGCAUUUUAGCUAUAGAAGCUAUUCACAAACUGGGUUUUAUACACAGGGACAUCAAGCCAGAUAAUAUCUUGAUCGAUAUUCGCGGGCAUAUCAAGUUAUCCGAUUUUGGCCUUUCGACUGGGUUUCACAAAACCCAUGAUUCGAGCUAUUACAAAAAGUUAUUACAACAGGAUGAGGCUAAUGCUGCUUCGAACAAUUUACAAAAACCUUCCAUGGGCAUCAAUGCCAAUGCAUCUGGCACAAACCGGAACACUAUGCUUGUCGAUGCAAUCAGCUUAACAAUGACCAACCGACAACAAAUACAAACGUGGAGAAAGUCGCGCCGGUUAAUGGCCUACUCCACAGUCGGAACUCCCGAUUAUAUUGCUCCUGAGAUUUUUCUUUAUCAAGGGUACGGUCAAGAGUGUGAUUGGUGGUCACUAGGAGCUAUCAUGUACGAAUGUUUGAUCGGGUGGCCCCCUUUUUGCUCUGAGACACCUCAAGAGACUUACAGAAAGAUCAUGAACUUCGAGCAAGCGCUUCAAUUCCCAGAUGAUAUCCACAUCUCAUAUGAAGCCGAGGAUCUCAUACGUCGAUUAUUAACUCACGCCGAUCACAGGUUAGGUCGCCACACUGGAGCUGAUGAAAUAAAAAACCAUCCCUUUUUCCGCGGGGUUGACUGGAACACGAUUCGCCAAGUUGAAGCGCCGUACAUACCAAAAUUGAGCAGUAUCACGGACACGAGAUUUUUCCCCACGGAUGAGUUAGAAAAUGUUCCUGACAGUCCUGCGAUGGCACAAGCGGCACGUCAACGCGAGCAAAUGAUGAAGCAAGGCCCAAAUGCCGCUAAUAAGGAGGACUUACCUUUCAUCGGUUACACUUACUCGAGAUUUGAUUAUCUCACGAGAAAAAAUGCACUGUGA